GACUCCUGCUCCUUCACAGCAAGAGAAUGCCAGUGCUGGGACCAGCAGCUCUACUGUUAACCAGAACACUGAGACCAGACCAGAGUGGAAUAGCACAGAUCGUGCUACAGAAGUAAAUGCUGUGACAGAGCAGAUUCAAGACAUGGUGAUAGAUCCUCUGCCCACACAAAUGGAAGAAGGCGGCCUCCAGUCCCAGGAACACAGCGAGUCUAGCAGUUCGUCAGGUGGUGAUGAGGACUGGACCCACUUGUCUUCCAAAGAAGUGGAUCCCUCCACAGGUGAACUGCAGUCUCUACAAAUGCCAGAGACAGAGGGUCCCAGCUCCCUGGACCCGUCUCAGGGUCCUGCCCAAACAGGACCUACAGGGUUGCGAGAGGCUGCGCUCUACCCGCAUCUCCCACCAGGUACGGAGAUGCAUGCAGGCUUCAUAGCUGAGUAACUUCAACUCAGGAGCUGUCAGCU